AUGGACGCCAUCAAGAAGACUUUCGCGCAAUGCAAGAAGGAGGGCAGGUCUGCUCUUGUCACGUAUGUGACGGCGGGAUACCCAACUCCACAGGAUACGCCCGACAUCAUGCUCGGAAUGGAGGCCGGUGGCGCAGACCUCAUCGAGCUCGGAAUGCCCUUCACCGACCCAAUCGCGGACGGCCCAACUAUUCAAAAGUCCAACACUCAAGCCCUCAAGAAUGGAGUCACAACCGAAGGAUGCCUUCAGAUGGUUCGAGAUGCGAGGAAGCGCGGCCUCAAAGCGCCGAUUCUCCUCAUGGGAUACUAUAACCCUCUGCUGAGCUACGGCGAGGAGCGCAUGCUGCAGGAUGCAAAGGAGGCGGGUGCCAAUGGCUUUAUCAUGGUUGAUUUGCCUCCGGAGGAAGCUCUGCGCUUCAGGAACUUUUGUGCCAGCUAUGGGCUUUCAUAUGUUCCUUUGAUUGCUCCGGCAACCUCGGACCAUCGCAUGCGUGUCCUUUGCAAGAUAGCCGAUUCCUUCAUCUACGUCGUCUCCCGCAUGGGCGUUACUGGCGCGACCGGAACUUUGAACGCUGCCCUCCCGCAAUUGCUCGAACGUGUCCACAAAUACUCCGGGAACAUACCCGCUGCGGUUGGAUUUGGAGUCAGCACCCGAGACCAUUUUCUGAGUGUUGGUAAGAUUGCGGAAGGUGUGGUCAUUGGAAGUCAGAUCGUCAACGUUUUGGCCGAUGCUGCACCUGGAAAGGGAGCAAAGGCCGUCGAAGAGUACUGCGACAUGAUCUGCGGAAAGACCAGCCGGGCAUCAACUAUUAGGGAGGUUGGCAUCGUUGAGACAAUGGCUGCGGUCAAAGAGCCCAACGGUGUUUCGGUGGACAGGGUUGUCACCGAUGCUGAUGUGCCUAACGGACCCGGCCUCGCUGAUCAGAUCGAAGCGCUCAACACGGAUGGCUUUAGCGAUGAACAUGCGCUUCCACCCCGAUUCGGCGAAUUUGGAGGCCAGUACGUCCCCGAAUCACUCAUGGAUUGCCUGGCCGAGUUAGAGAAGGGGUUCAACGAAGCAAACGAAGACCCGAAGUUUUGGGAAGAGUAUCGAUCUUACUACGACUACAUGGGGCGGCCUGGUCAUUUACAUCUUGCCGAGCGCCUCACCGAGCACGCCGGGGGCGCGAACAUCUGGCUGAAGCGGGAGGACCUCAAUCAUACCGGAAGUCACAAGAUCAACAACGCCCUAGGUCAGAUCCUCAUCGCGCGCAGGCUUGGAAAGACCGAGAUCAUUGCCGAGACUGGUGCUGGACAGCACGGCGUCGCAACUGCUACUGUCUGUGCUAAGUUUGGUAUGAAGUGUACCAUCUAUAUGGGAGCAGAAGACGUGAGGCGCCAAGCUCUGAAUGUCUUCCGCAUCAAGCUCCUCGGCGCCCAGGUCAUCGCUGUCGAGGUCGGCUCUCAGACUCUCCGAGACGCAGUUAACGAAGCUCUGCGUGCCUGGGUGGUCAAUCUCUCAACCACCCACUACAUCAUCGGUUCGGCGAUUGGGCCCCACCCCUUCCCGACCAUCGUCCGCACAUUCCAGUCCGUCAUCGGUAGCGAGACAAAGCAGCAGAUGAUGGAGAAGCGGGGAAAGCUUCCAGACGCGGUUGUUGCCUGCGUUGGAGGUGGCAGCAAUGCGGUUGGCAUGUUCUACCCCUUUGCGAACGAUCCGUCGGUCAAGCUCCUCGGUGUCGAAGCUGGUGGCGAUGGCCUGGAUACCAACCGCCACAGUGCUACCUUGACUGGCGGCACCAAGGGCGUCCUCCACGGUGUCCGCACUUAUGUUCUCCAAAACAAGCACGGGCAGAUCAGCGACACUCACUCCGUCUCGGCGGGUCUCGACUACCCCGGUGUUGGUCCCGAACUCGCCUCCUGGAAGGACAGCCAGCGAGCCAAGUUCAUCGCGGCGACAGAUGCGGAGGCUUUCAUUGGCUUCCGCCUCAUCUCCCAGCUUGAGGGCAUCAUCCCGGCGCUUGAGACUGCGCACGCUGUGUACGGGGCGCUUGAGCUUGCGAAGACGAUGAACAAGGACCAGGACAUUGUCAUCUGUCUUUCCGGCAGAGGCGACAAGGACGUGCAGAGCGUGGCUGAUGAACUGCCCAAGCUGGGUCCGAAGAUUGGGUGGGACCUGCGGUUCUGA